AUGGAUUUACAUCUUCCGACCCCUACACAUUUCCCUGCAUUUCCAUAUUCACCUCCAUAUGAUAUUCAGACAUCUCUUAUGCGCCAUCUAUACCAAUCUAUUGAAGAUAAAAAGGUGACCAUAAUCGAAAGUCCAACUGGCACAGGAAAAACGCUAAGUCUGCUAUGCGCAGCUCUAACUUGGCUUGCAGAUGAAAGAGAACGCGCCAAAAAGGGAAAAUUGAAGGAAGUUAUUGGGGACGAUGGGGUUAAAGCAAAGGAUUGGGUAGUUGAGCAGACCAUUGAUAGAAUGAGACGCGAAAUGGAGGCAGACGAACAAGAGUAUGAGCAAAGGCUGAUGAGGGCGAGGAAGCGUGAAGAAGCCAUGCGACGUGCAGCAAAAGGGCGAGUCAUUAAGAGAACUAAAAUCACACAACCAGCAAACGAAGAAAAAGACGACGAUGACAACCUGCGGAUGUUCCUUCCAGAAACAGACCGAGAGCCAGAUGACGGGGCGAUGCACAUAUCUCCAGCUUUAAAAGCGUUGAUGGAAAAGGUGGAUAAAGUCACGAAAGCUAGCACUGGUCCUUCCGCCGGCGAAGAAGAGGAACUCACAUGUACAAAGAUUUACUAUGCCUCUCGCACGCACUCGCAGCUCUCACAAGUCCUUCCGGAAAUGAGUAAAUUGAAGCUCCCAGCCAAGAUAAAACUCACUGAUCACCAUACUUCGACUUCUCUUCCUCUGAAGCGCGGAAUCGAUUCCAUUGAGGAACAGUGCAGCUCUGGACCGUCGACGAGAGCAGUCUCUUUGGGGUCUAGAAGGCAACUUUGCAUUAAUGAUGCUCUCCGAGCUAGUGCUCUUGAUCUGGAUGAGGCAUGUAGAGAGCGUCUAGGAGAAAAAGAAGGUAAACGAUGUCAAUAUCUUCCACCGAUUGGGGAGGAACAUAGAAUGCUGGAUUUUCGAGAUCAAAUCUUGGCAUCGCCAAAGGACAUUGAAGAUCUUGCAGAAGCGGGACGCCUUGCCCAUACAUGUCCGUACUUUGGAUCAAGACGAGCGAUACCACAAGCUGAGUUAGUGACUCUACCAUAUAACCUCCUGCUCCAAAAGUCUGCGCGAGAAGCCUUGGGAAUUGAUCUGAAAAACCAAGUUGUCCUUAUUGAUGAAGCGCAUAAUCUUAUACCUACGCUCCUGUCUCUUUCGACGACUCGACUAUCAUAUGCGACGCUUUUGACUUCCUUUCAGCAAGUCUGUGUUUAUGUUUCAAAGUUCAAGACGCGCCUUUCUCCGACAAAUAUGAUUCAUUUGAAGAAACUUGUGUUGAUUCUCGACUCAUUGAAGAAAUACGUGGAAGAAUGGAAGAUCUCAAAGGCAAGAGAAAAGGACAAGUCUGAGAUCAUGACAUCCGGGCAACUCAUGGAGAGGUUGGGAAGGAGAGUUGCUGGUAUUAACCUUCUGGAAAUUGGUGCUUAUUUGAAGGAAAGCAAGGUUGCCAGAAAGAUUGCAGGCUAUUCAGAUAAAGUAGAAGAAUCCAAUAAAGACGGACGGAUCACAUUCACUCUAAUAGAAUCGCCUGGACGCGAAAACACCGUGGAGAUGAGGUACCAGUUAUUGAACCCUUCUCCACACUUCCAAGAAGUUGUUGAAGAAGCCAGAUCAGUCGUUCUCGCUGGUGGUACGAUGUCACCUAUAUCAGAUGUUAUCAACCAACUGUUUUCGUAUCUCCCUUCCGAGAAGGUUACAACUUUCUCCUGCGGGCAUAUUAUUCCAGAGACGAACCUACAGACUUUGGUAAUUAGCAAAGGUCCUACUGGCGGCGAGUUGGAUUUCAGAGCAGAUAAACAAGCGGACCCGACCACUAUUGGGCAAUUGGGCCAAGUCCUGCUCAACUUUGCGAAUAUAAUUCCAGCUGGCAUGAUUGUAUUCUUUCCGUCAUAUAAAUUCCUAAGGACGGCGAAUGCCCAAUGGAAAAAGAGUACAAUGUUGGAGAAAUUUGCAACAAAGAAGGAGGUUUUUUUCGAGCCCGAAGAAAGCAGUCAAGUGGAGAAAGUGUUGCAAGACUACGCAUUAGCCAUAAAAAACCCUGCAGAAGGGAAAAAGGGUGCCCUUCUAUUCGCCGUAAUUGGCGCAAAAUUGUCAGAAGGCUUGAAUUUCGCUGACGACCUUGCUCGCGGGGUCGUGAUUGUCGGACUGCCAUUUGCCAACCUUGGCUCUCCCGAGCUGCGCGAACGCAUGAAAUAUGUGAAAUCACUGGAAGAGCAGAAAGACGGCGCCUCCAAGCAAAAAGGUCAGAAAGACGCUGCUGCGGAGCUAUACGAAAACAUGUGCAUGAAUGCCGUAAAUCAAAGUAUAGGUAUAAUGGAAUGGCUUCGUUUUUACAUGUUGGUCUGUUGA